AACUGGCUCAGAAGAAGACAGCCCCAACUGAGGCCCCGUCAAUGACUGGACAGCCAGGCCCUGGCCAUGGGAAGAAGUUGGGCCACCGAGGCGUGGACGCAUCUGGCGAGACCACCUACAAGAAGUGAAGGCAGCAACCUCACCCCCGCCCACCACUUCCAGGACUUCCGGUUCAAGACCUAUGCACCCGUUGCCUUCCGCUACUUCCGGGAGCUCUUUGGGAUCCGGCCAGACGAUUAUUUGUACUCCUUGUGCAACGAGCCACUGAUCGAGCUGUCCAACCCUGGUGCCAGCGGCUCACUCUUCUACGUCACCAGCGACGACGAGUUCAUUAUCAAGACAGUCAUGCACAAGGAGGCUGAGUUCCUGCAGAAGCUGCUGCCCGGCUACUAUAUGAACCUGAACCAGAACCCGCGGACCCUGCUGCCGAAGUUCUAUGGGCUGUACUGCGUGCAGUCGGGAGGCAAAAACAUCCGCGUGGUGGUCAUGAACAACGUGCUGCCACGCAUGGUCAAGAUGCACCUCAAGUUCGACCUCAAGGGCUCCACGUACAAGCGGCGGGCCAGCAAGAAGGAGAAGGAGAAGAGCAUGCCCACCUACAAGGACCUGGACUUCAUGCAGGACAUGCCUGAGGGGCUGCUGCUUGAUGCCGACACCUUCAGUGCCCUUGUCAAGACGCUGCAGCGCGACUGCCUGGUACUGGAGAGCUUCAAGAUCAUGGACUACAGCCUGCUGCUCGGCGUCCAUAACAUCGACCAGCAGGAGCGUGAGCGGCAGGCUGAGGGCGCCCAGAGCACCUCUGAUGAGAAGCGGCCCGUGGGCCAGAAGGCACUGUACUCCACAGCCAUGGAGUCCAUCCAGGGCGGGGCUGCCCGUGGGGAGGCCAUCGAGACAGACGACACGAUGGGUGGGAUCCCAGCCGUGAACGGGCGUGGGGAGCGCCUGCUGCUGCACAUAGGCAUCAUUGACAUCCUGCAGUCCUACAGGUUCAUCAAGAAGCUGGAGCACACCUGGAAGGCGCUGGUCCACGAUGGGGACACAGUCUCUGUCCACCGCCCCAGCUUCUAUGCUGAACGCUUCUUCAAGUUCAUGAGCAACACAGUCUUUCGCAAGAACUCCUCCCUCAAGUCCUCGCCGUCCAAGAAGGGGCGUGGUGCCUUGCUGGCCGUGAAGCCCCUGGGGCCCACAGCUGCCUUCUCAGCCAGCCAGAUCCCCAGUGAGCGGGAAGACGCGCAGUACGACCUGCGGGGGGCCCGCAGCUACCCCACACUAGAGGAUGAAGGCCGGCCUGACCUCUUGCCCUGCACACCACCUUCUUUUGAAGAAGCUACCACCGCCUCCAUCGCCACGACCCUGUCGUCCACCUCCCUCUCCAUCCCAGAGCGGUCCCCCUCUGAGACCUCGGAGCAGCCACGGUACAGGCGACGCACCCAGUCCUCCGGACAGGAUGGCCGGCCCCAGGAGGAGCCCCAUGUGGAAGAGGAACUGCAGCAGAUAACGGUGCAGGUGGAACCCACGUGCAGUGUGGAGAUUGUGGUCCCCAAGGAGGACGAUGCAGGGAUGGAAGCUUCCCCAGCUGGUGCAUCUGCUGCUGCUGCUGCUGUGGAUGUGGACACAGCCAGCCAGGCGUCAGAGCCCGCCAGCCAGGCCUCAGAUGAGGAGGAUGCACCUGCUACUGACAUCUAUUUUGUAAGUCCCCUGAGGUCCCCUGCCCCUCGGAGCCCAUGUGUAACUUCCACAUGCCCUGUGAUGCACCCCAUGGAGUCCAUGCAUCUUGCACACUCCCUCAUGUAGACACUCGUGCACUCACACUCAGGGCUUUCAUAACCACUUGCAUACGUGCCCUGGCACACUGGCACACUCAGUUGUAUUCACAACCACCAGGGCUGGCCACCUCAUGCCCUGCAUCCCCUAGGCCAGACUCUUCAAGGAUCUGAGCCACCCAUAUGUCCCUCCCUGGCCACAUCACCAUUGCCUGGCCAUGCCACCACACCUCAAACACACAGCCCCCCUGGGCCCGUGGGGAGACCCAUGCCCUGGGUCCCUGGCAGUUGGGAAAUGGCAGGAAUCUGUCCCCUGCAGGUAGUGGACAAGGACACUGGGGUGUCCUCAAGGAGGGCAGGGGGACCUGGCAAGUGACAGGAGUGCCUCAUGCUAUCUGCUCCAUUGAUUGAAACUGGGUGUACCCUGGCCUUGGGGACCAAGGACCUCCCUCCUCAAGCUAGGGGUCACCACCCCAUCUCCCACAUUAGAAGGGCUGCAAGUUCAGUCUAAGGACCCUCCCCAACCAUGAGUCCUGGGGCCACCACAGCUGCAGCCCCUCAGGGGUCAGUCUCCCUACUGCAACAGGGAGGGCCAGAAAGCCCCUCCAAUUCCCAGAGCAUUGUCAUCCUUCAGGGGCCCAGGGGUCAGCCUGGGGGCCCAGCCUCAUCCCCGCCCAAGGCCAGCGCUUCUUCUUUACUAACACAGCCUGCUUUGUCUCUGAGCCAUGUCUGGGGGACCCAGAGUCCCCUCUUGGCCCUGAAGGGGAAAGGACUGGGCCAGGGCUCUGUCCCCAACCUGCUUCGUCACCCUGCACCCAGACCUUGGUGUGUAUGUGUGUGUUUCCUAGUCCGUGUAUGGUGUGGGGGGCUGUGUCCUGCCGGGUGUGCCCUGUGUCCCUCCUGCAAAGCAGGUAGCAGGCCUGUCAGACACCUGCAUACACCCCCACCUCCUGCUUCAGCCAGCUUGUCCCCCAGCCCGCCAACCCCGCUGUCUCUCCGCCUCUCCCUACCUGACUCCUUUGCCCUCAUCCUCUGUACACUCUCUUCCUUCUGCCCGCCCGGCCCGCUGCCCGCCAGUUUGCCGAUGGGAGAUACUGGAUAUUUUCUCCCCGUCAUCGCCGACUGCGGGCCGUCACGCCGAGCUCCUUGGGCACUGUAAGUGACCGCAGCCGGCCACUGGGGAGAAGGGGCCUUGCCCACCUCGGGCCAACAGAGAGCAGACUCCCUAGCCCAGGACAGUGCCCAGCCUCCCCUUUCUUCUCAAAGGACUUUGGAAAAAUACCAACUGGGUGAGGUCGGCCAACCUGCCCCAGGUGGGAACUGGGCUGAGUGCAUCAUGUCACAUGAAAACGCAUUUAACUCCAAGUUGAAGGAGGCAGUGGCCAUGGCAGGGUCGCCCUGACCCCAGCCUGCCAGCCUCCACACUCAUCUCACUGUCCACACUUGCCACACAGGUCAGCAGAGCAGCCACAGAGCUGAGCCCUGAACUGCAGGGCCUCUCUACACAUGUCACAGAUGGAGAAGUCAUAGGUGGAGAACUGUAAGUGGCUACUACUGCCACGUGAACAAUAAGCACAGGGCCCAGAGAGGCUGAGUGACUUACCCAGAGCUGCAGAGCACCAGAGCAGCCAGGAGAGGGUACAGACUUGAAGCAAGAGUGUCUGUUUUCAAUGCUGCCUUCACCUCCAACCCCAUCAGCAAACUGGGCAGGCUGUAUGCCAGACAUCGUGGGGUGACCAGUUCCCUAGCCCUUCUGGCCACGUUGUGUCCAGCUCAGACAGCAGGCAGUGAACCGGAGAAGCUGCACCCUGAGAUACUCACAGAGCUGCCCAGGGUGCUGCGGCUGGGACUGGGCAGAGGGGAGCUGUUCAAGAAGGCCUUUGAUAAACACCUCAGUUUGGCUGGAGACACAGGAAAGGGAAGGGAGCCUUGGUAGGGCCCAGCUGAAGCAAAAGUCUGGCAGGUGGCUGCAAGGAGAGGGCCACAGCCAGCAGGAGGGUUGAAGGACUCAUAGGAUGCGCUCUUGACCCUGACCUACAUGCAGUCACCCACGUCCUGGAUCUCAGCCACUGCCUAGCCUGCCCAGCCUGACAGGUCAGCUGGUGGCUAAGGGGUCCUUCUCUGUCCACCCUGCUCCUGGAAGACAGGAAAGCUGAUUCACCUUCCCUUCCUAACAUCUCAAAGUGUCCUGUUGUCCUUGCCCAGGGGCAGUACUGGCUGCCCCCUCCUAGAGGACAGCUCUGAUGGUGGCCUGCAGGGCUGCCGCUAGCCUCUUUCCUGGGGACAGAGGGUGUCUUUGGAGCUUCUGAGCCCCAGACAAGCCCCACAAAUCAGUGUGGGACAGCCGUGUAGGGUGCCUUGGGCUGGACCCUCAAAGGUUUUGUUCCUUUGUGAGCCAUCAGAGGUCUGAGAUCCCAGCACUGACCCCACAGUGCCUUUGUGCUCCCACAGUGCAUGCACUGCUGUCCAUUUAUCCAGCCUGGGCACACAGGUGGGAGGCUCUUGGGGCCUCAACUGCAAGAGGACGCAGAGUAGGAUGUUCUGGGUGGAGCCUCAGGUGGCUGAAGUGGGGGAUGGCAACCCAGCAGGUGAGGCCUGGCCCACCUGGAAAGCACGGAGCCCACAGGCUGCCUUUCAGGCCGCUGGGAGGGGACUCCAGGACAGUCAGUGACAGGUCCAUACUGAGGAUGGAUGUGAGAGAGGCAAGAGGUGCAGCGUGGCCAGGGCAGCAUGGUUGGGACUGGACAGAGGGGCUGUUUUUUUUGUGGCUGCAACAAGCUUAGAAUGCAGUUCAGAGACACCCAGGUGGACAUGGCUAGGGACUCUGAGCAGGAGACAGGCCUGGGUAGAAGUCCACAGGCCACUUGGCACCCAAAGGAGUCUGGAAGGCUGGGGGCUGAUGGGGAGGCCCUGGGAGGAGGAGGGAGCGAGAGAAGAGGACCCUCCCAAGAUAGCCGCCCCUAGGAGCAGAUGAGAGGGUGGUUUAGGUUACAUACUCAGUCUCCAGACUUGAGUCCACCCAGGACCCCUCACUCAGAUACACCUGGGAAAAGUUCAAUGGGCAGUGCCUAGCCCUAACCUAACCACUGUCCCUGCUCCCCUGGCGUGUCGUCCUCUUGGCGGAAGGUUCUUAGCUGGACAGCCAGCCUCAGGCGGCAGGGCUGUAUGGUGCACCAGCUGUGUAUUCAGGUCUUCACAGGCUGUCAUCAGAAACAGGGAUCAUGGUGAAACAGAUUGGGGUUCCCUGACUCAGCAGGACCCCCCCCCCAUGAAGCUCCCUGGAGUCUGUCUGGCAGGCAGAAUGGGAGGAUGGGUGGAGGUUAGGAUAAGGAUAGAGCUCUCUGACGUAUGGAGAGGAGGAAA